GAUCUUUCAGAUAAUAUUAUAUCACUUAUUCUUGAUAUUUAUGCUCAAAAUAAGAAAAUGUUAAUAAAAAUGGUUUGUAAUUCUAAUUCAAAUAUGCCAGACUAUUUGGAAAUAUACUUGUAG